AGGAUAGUCCAGACCAGGACCUGGACUACGUUUAUCCUUUAUCUGAGGCGGAAGCAGCUCAGACUGUAGCGUUUUCUCUUUUUUCUCCUGAACCCAGAGUCUAUGUGAGGUCAGGACCCAGACGCCAGAUUCCUGUUGCGGUGUGAAAUAUGGAGACACAGAGCUAAAGAUGGGAUCAGUCGUGCCAUACUUCCGCCAGUUGUUUGGUAAAGAGAAAAAGAAAGAGGAGGAGCGACACCUGAGAGCCAACGACAGACCAUUCAACCUGUCCUACAGAUACGCUAAUAACGCCAUCAAGACCUCCAAAUACAACAUUUUCACAUUCCUGCCUCUGAACCUCUUUGAACAGUUCAGGAGACUCGCCAACGCCUACUUCCUCUUCCUGUUCUGCCUUCAGCUGAUCCCUCAGGUCUCGUCUCUGUCUUGGUUCACCACUGCCGUCCCUCUGAUCCUGGUUCUGGGGAUAACAGCAGUCAAAGACGCCAACGAUGACAUAAACAGACACAGGACUGAUAAACAGGUGAAUAACCGGCGGGUGGACGUCCUCGUGGAUGGACAACUGAGGAAUGAGAAAUGGAUGAACGUUCAGGUCGGAGACAUCAUCAAACUGGAGAACAACCAGUUUGUGACAGCCGACCUCCUGCUGCUGUCCAGCAGUGAACCUCUCAACCUGGUCUACGUGGAGACAGCCGAGCUGGACGGAGAAACCAACCUGAAGGUGAAGCAGGCGCUGACGGUGACGGGAGAGAUGGGAGACUCCAUCGACAAGUUGGCCACUUUUAAAGGUGAAGUUCGCUGUGAACCUCCCAACAACCGUCUGGAUAAAUUCAAAGGAACGCUGACCUUGGACCAGCAGGUAUCCUCUCUGGACAACGACAAGGUGCUGCUCAGAGGAUGUACCCUCAGGAACACCGAGUGGUGCUUCGGCCUCGUCGUCUUUGGAGGUCCCGACACUAAACUGAUGCAGAACAGUGGGAAGACGGUGUUCAAACGGACGAGCAUCGACCACCUGAUGAACGUCCUGGUGCUGUGUAUCUUCGGUUUCCUGGCCACCAUGUGCACCAUCCUGGCCAUUGGGAAUGCCAUCUGGGAGGUGAAGGAGGGAUCCGUGUUCACAGCGUUUCUUCCUCGAGAGAACGGCAUCGACGCCAGCCUCUCCUCCUUCCUCACCUUCUGGUCCUACGUAAUCGUGCUCAACACGGUGGUGCCCAUCUCCCUCUACGUCAGUGUGGAAAUCAUCCGUCUGGGGAACAGCUUCUACAUAGACUGGGACAGAAAGAUGUAUUACCCUAAAAGCGACACUCCAGCCCAGGCCAGAACCACCACGCUGAACGAGGAGCUGGGUCAGAUUAAAUACAUCUUCAGUGACAAGACGGGCACCCUGACGCAGAACAUCAUGACCUUCAACAGGUGCUCCAUCAAAGGGAAGGCCUACGGGGAGCUGUUUAACUCUGCUGGACAGAGGCUGGAGAUAACGGAGAAGACAGACAAGGUGGACUUCUCCUGGAACCAGCUGGCUGAUCCAAAGUUCGUCUUCCACGACCACAGUCUGCUGGAGACGGUGAAGGACGGAAACCCGGAGGCUCAGACCUUCUUCCGUCUGCUGGCUCUGUGCCACACUGUCAUGCCAGAGGAGAAGACAGAGGGAGAACUUGUCUACCAGGCUCAGUCUCCUGAUGAAGGUGCUCUGGUGACGGCAGCCAGAAACUUCGGCUUCGUGUUUCGCUCUCGUACACCAGAAACCAUCACCAUCAUGGAGAACGGCAGGAAGGUGGUCUAUGAGCUGGUGGCUGUUCUGGACUUCAAUAAUGUGCGGAAAAGGAUGUCGGUAAUCGUUCGCAGCCCGGAUGGAAGGAUAACUCUGUUCUGUAAAGGAGCAGACACCAUCAUCUAUGAACGACUGCAUCCCUCCUGUAGCAAACUGAUGGAAGUCACCACCAAACAUCUCAAUGAGUAUGCAGGUGACGGUCUCCGGACGCUGGUUCUGGCCUACAAAGACUUAGAUGAGAGCUACCUGGGGGAGUGGAGACAGCGCCACCAUGAGGCCGUCACCUCCAUUGAAGAUCGAGAGGAGAGACUGGAUGAAGUUUAUGAAGAGAUAGAGAAAGACAUGAUGCUGCUGGGAGCGACGGCUGUGGAGGACAAACUGCAGGAUGGAGUUCCUCAGACCAUCGAACAGCUGGCUAAAGCUGACAUUAAGAUCUGGGUGUUGACGGGAGAUAAACAAGAGACGGCGGAGAACAUCGGAUAUUCCUGCAACAUGCUGAGAGAAGAGAUGAAGGACAUCUUCAUUGUAGCAGCAAAUACAGCUGAAGGAGUCCGAGAGGAGCUACAUAAUGCUAGAAGGAAAAUGUGUCCGGAGGCAGCAGAGGAGCCGACGGUGAUCAGAUCUCGAGCUGGACUCUUCUGGCUGCAGAAGACUCAGAGUGUUCAGGAUGAGAAGGUGGACGGAGACUACGGCCUGAUCAUUAACGGACACAGUUUGGCCUUUGCUCUGGAGAAGAACAUGCAGCUGGAGCUCCUGAGGACGGCCUGCAUGUGUCAGACGGUGAUCUGCUGCAGGGUCACUCCUCUGCAGAAGGCCCAGGUGGUGCAGCUGGUCAAGAAGUACAAGCAGGCCGUGACUCUGGCAAUCGGGGACGGAGCCAACGACGUCAGCAUGAUCAAAGCUGCUCACAUCGGAGUCGGGAUCAGCGGUCAGGAGGGCAUGCAGGCGGUUCUCUCCAGCGACUUCUCCUUCGCCCAGUUCCGGUACCUGCAGCGCCUCCUGCUGGUCCACGGUCGCUGGUCCUACCUGCGCAUGUGCAAGUUCCUGCAGUACUUUUUUUACAAGAACUUCACCUUCACCUUUGUGCAUUUCUGGUACGCCUUCUUCUGCGGUUUCUCUGCACAGACUGUGUACGACGAGUGGUUCAUCACCUGCUAUAACCUGGUUUAUACGGCUCUACCUGUCCUCGGCCUCAGCCUCUUUGACCAGGAUGUAAACGACCGCUGGAGCUCCCGCCACCCUCAGCUCUACUCUCCAGGACAACUCAACCUGUACUUCAAUAAGAAGAUCUUCGUUCGCUGCAUGAUGCACAGCUGCUACAGCUCCCUCAUCCUCUUCUUCAUCCCCUGGGCCGCCAUCCAUGACACGGUCAGAGACGACGGGAAGGACAUCGCCGACUAUCAAUCCUUUGCUCUGCUGGCUCAGACCUGCCUGCUGGUGGUGGUGAGCAUCCAGCUGUGUCUGGACACCCACUACUGGACGGCUGUGAACCAGUUCUUCGUGUGGGGAAGUCUAGCCGCCUACUUCGCCGUGACGUUCACCAUGUACAGCAACGGCAUGUUCUUCAUCUUCACCUCAGCCUUCCCCUUUGUUGGUACAGCUAGAAACUCUCUGAACCAGCCUAACAUGUGGUUGACCAUAUUCCUGGCUUCCCUGCUCUGUAUUCUACCUGUGGUGGCGUUCCGCUUCAUUCUCAUCCAGCUUCGUCCCACCAUCAACGACAAGGUGAGACAUAAGGUGAGGAAGGAGGCGCUGCCAGCCCCGCCUCCUCGCCGUCCUCCUCCCCGGCGUAUCAGCACCCGUCGGUCGGGCUACGCCUUCUCCCACGCCCAGGGCUACGGUGAUCUGGUGACGUCCAAAGGCUUUUUGAGACCCCUGAAGAGUCGACCGGCCCUGUUCAUCCAAAAAGACUCUGCUCUGGCUCAGAACGAACCGCAGCACUACCGGACCAUCAGCGAGGAGCCGGAGGGGUCGAUGAGCCCCUAAAGGGAGAUAGGCAGGGACAGAAUCACUGUAGGGAAUAAGAGCUUCUAAAUGGAGGUAGGCAGGGACAGGAACUCUACAAGGAGUGGGUUUUUGAGUUUAUUUUCUACUUAUCAGGGUAAAGUUUGCUACCUGGAUGGUCUCCAGUCAGUAUAAAACCUGCUGGUGUUUUCUAACAGAUGAAUGUUGACGUCGCUGUGAAAGUGUUGAAUCUGCAGAAUAUAAAACCUGAAAGAACCACCAGUGGUUUUAUUUGUUUUUGCUUAUUAAGUACAACUUUCUGAUCCUGGUUUACUGCUGGUCAUUAUUGUUUACACAGUCCCACAGUUUUUAGAGGUUUCUCCCAAAGUUUUAGUUCUUUUCUUUGCAGCUGCUCUCAGUUUGUGGCAUUUAAACCAGCAGUUGGUCCAAAGUUAGAGAAUCAGCUGCUAAAAACACAAUUUACCUGCAAAAAAAGAGAGAUUAAAAUCAAAUUAUUUUACUAAAUCUAUGUACAUUUUACUGUCUGACUUUAAUUUUCCAACACCAUAGACCACAAAUUCAGAAGUUUUUCUUCAUAAUUCCAUUCAGUUUUGUCAUAAUUUUGUGUGUAUAAAAUAUAUAUUUAUUUUUUAAUAUAAAACUCAAGCAGCUGCACAGUGGCGUAGUGGUUAGCACUUUCGCCUUGCAGCUAGAAGAUCCCUGGUUCGCGUCCCGGCUUUCCCGGGAUCUUUCUGCAUGGAGUUUGCAUGUUCUCCCUGUGCAUGCGUGGGUUUUCUCCGGGUACUCCGGCUUCCUCCCACAGUCCAAAAACAUGCUGAGGUUAAUUGAUUAUUCUAAAUUGCCCGUAGGUGUGAAUGUGAGAGUGAUUGUUUGUCUCUGUAUGUAGCCCUGUGACAGACUGGUGACCUGUCUAGGGUGUCCCCUGCCUUCACCUGAGUCAGCUGGGAUAGACUCCAGCCCCCCAUGACCCUAGUGAGGAUUAAGCAGUGUAUAGAUAAUGGAUGGAUGGAUGGAUAAAACUCAAGCAGCUCUGAAAAAUCCUUCCAGGUGAAUUUACACAGAUGAUUUAAAUUUCUGAAUCAAACCUUCAUAAGGAAAGUUUUUCAAAACAAUCUGGUUUUAGGUCUAAAAAUCACCCUCAGGUUUUAAAAUUGACCACAGCUUUAGUUUGUACUUUCUAAGUAAUAACCUGCACUAACCAUUAACUGCUAUCACAUUAAUUUCUCCAAAUUUUUGCACUACUUGUUGAGAUUUUUUAUGAAAAUUAAAGUUAGAUAAACGCCACCAGCAGAUCCAAAGAACCGUUUAUUUCCUGCAACAGAGAUUUGUACUUUGUUUUUUAUCUGUGAAAUGUUUAAGUGAAUUCUCUUCCAGUCUGCAAAAUUAUAAAACUAUGAUUUCAGUUUUACUAGAAAUCAGUGAUUUUUCUUUCUCUGUUUUUUCAUUUAUAGUUUACAGCAGUAUUUACAUGAUGAUUUUUGAACACUGUUUUAUUGUUUUCCUCCUGUGUUACUAACCUGUUGGUCCUUUUAACAUUCAUGAAGGUGUUUAGGAUGCAGCCAGGGGUCAGUGUUGGUUUAAACUGUGUUUUUAGAACCUCUAAAAUAAAGGUUAAUACUCAGGACAGAGCCGUGACCUGCAGACAACAUACAUGACGUCCCACAUGGACCACAUGUUGGGACUUUAGAUCACAUUAGAUCAGGUUUUGUUGCCUUACUGAGACUGAAUCAUUUCUAACUGCAGGAUCAACUGUGAAUAAAGCAAACUUAUGAACUUGUA